GGAGCCUCCAGGGCGGUGCCUUGAGAAGGGUCUGCUCCGCCCACCACAGCCGCGCCCAUUGGCUGGGCUCCUCACAGCCUGCUCUGCUGGCUCAUGCGCAGAGCUCCCACCACUUCAGCACCAGGGCCCGGACAGCGGUGCCGCCCACGGGCAUGGACAACACCCGCAGCAGCGGCGGGCCGGCUCCCAGCCAGGGUAGGGAAGGAGAGCAGAGGCCGGAGAGGGAGCCUUCGGCCCCAGACAGGAGCUCUCCAGACAGGCCCCCCAGCAAGGCUGUGGCCCCACAGGCCAGCCUGGACAGGAAUGGUUCCCUCCACAGCAAUGGUGAAGAGCCAUGCAGUGCCACGGGGACCCCACCAGCAGCCAACACCUUCCAGUCUGUGGGUGUGUCCAGCCCCUUGGCCCCUGUCCACUUCACCUAUCCCCGAGCACCACAUGAAUACCGAGGGGGCAGUUCCUUGCCAGGGCUGGGGGACCGGGCAGCUCUCUGCUCCCACAGCUCCAGCAUCAGCCCCUCCCCAGUCCCCUCACAACGCGAUGGAGCCUGGAAGUCGCCAGCUGUGCAACACCAUGUGGUCAGCAUCAGGCAGGAACGGGCCUUUCGGGUGCCAAAGAGCUACUCUCAGCUGAUCGCCGAGUGGCCAGUGGCCAUGCUGCUGCUGUGCCUGGCCGUCAUCCUUCUCUGUGGCCUGGCUGGGCUGCUGGGGGGCCUGCUGCCUGACUUCUCCACGCCCUUACUGGGGUUCGAGCCUCGGGACACAGACCUUGGGCGAAGACUGAUGGUCUGGAGGGCCCUGCAGACCCUCACAGGCCCUGGAAAGCUGUUGACCCUAUCCCCAGAUCUGGAGCUCAACAGUUCAAGCUCUCAUGUCCCCCUGAGCCCCACACCCUGGAGCAGUGCCCAAGAGGGGGUGGCCCAGCCCCGGAGAAUGGUGGAGCCCCCAGAAGACAGAGGGCAGGAGAGCUUCUUCUGUGGCCCCCCUGAAAAGAGCUACGCCCAGCUGGUGUUCAUGUCAACCUCGGCCGGCAGUCUAUGGAACCUGCACGCCAUCCACUCUAUGUGCCGCAUGGAGCAGGACCAGAUCCGCUCCCAUGCCCACUUUGAGGCUCUAUGCCAGCGCACGACUGCCAAUGAGUGCUGCCCCAGCUGGUCCCUUGGCAACUAUGUGGCAGUGCUGUCCAACCGCUCCUCCUGCCUGGACACCACCCCGGCUGACGCAGCCCGCACGCUGGCCCUGCUGCGCACCUGCGCCCUCCACUACCACCAAGGCACCCUGGUGCCGGCUUGCCUGGGCCCUGGGCACGACAAGCCCCUGCUUUGCGCCCAGGUGCCUGCCAAGUGCUCCCGGACCAGUGCUGUCUACCAGCUCCUGCACUUCCUGCUGGACAGGGACUUUCUGAGCCCCCAGACAGCUGACUAUCAGGUGCCCUCUCUCAAGUACAGCUUGCUCUUUCUGCCCACCCCCAAGGGUACCUCCAUGAUGGGCAUCUACCUGGACCGCCUGGCCACACCCUGGGGGCUGUCUGACAACUACACAUCCAUCACAGGCAUGGAUCUGGGCCUCAAGCAGGAGCUGCUCAGGCACUACCUGGCCCAGGACACGGUGUACCCCCUGCUGGCCCUGGCCGCCCUUUUCCUCAGCCUGGCACUCUACCUGCGCUCGCUCUUCCUCAUGCUCAUGGUGCUGCUGGGCGUGCUGGGCUCGCUGCUGGUGGCCUUCUUCCUCUACCGCGUGGCUUUCCGCGUGGCUUACUUCCCCUUCGUCAACCUGGCAGCCCUGGUCCUGCUCAGCAGCGUCUGUGCCAACCACUCCCUUGUCUUCUUCGACCUCUGGCGCCUGAGCAAGAACCAGCUGCCAUCGGGAGGGCUGGAGCCGCGUGUGGCCCGCACCAUGCACCACUUCGGCUACCUGCUGCUGGUCUCAGGCCUCACGACGGGCGCCGCCUUCUACGCCAGCUACCUGAGCCACCUGCCUGCCGUGCGCUGCUUCGCCCUGUACAUGGGCACCGCUGUGCUGUCACACCUGGCUCUAGCCCUGGCCUGGCUGCCCGCCUCUGCUGUGCUGCAUGAGCGCUACUUGGCGCGGGGAGCCUGCGGGGGCUGCGCAGGGCCGCAGGGCUCUGCCGGUGGCGGUUCUCCCCGGGUUCUGGGCCCCUGCGGGUGCUGCUGCGCGCCCCGGCGGCUGGCGCUGGCACUGGCCCGACGGCUCCGGGCUCUCCGCAGGGCAGCCACCAGCACGUCGCGCCUGCUCUUCCAGCGCCUGCUGCCCUGCGGCGUCAUCAAGUUCCGCUACAUCUGGAUCUGCUGGUUCACCGCGCUGGCGGCUGGGGGCGCCUACAUCGCUGGUGUCAGCCCCCGCCUGCGCCUGCCCACCCUGCCGCCGCCUCGCGGCCAAGUCUUCCGACCCAGCCACCCGUUCGAGCGCUUCGACGCCGAGUACCGCCAGCAAUUCCUGUUCGAGCGCCUGCGCCAGGGAGAGGGCAGCCACAUGCCAGUAGUGCUGGUGUGGGGCGUCCUGCCCGUGGACACGGGAGACCCUCUGGACCCGCGCAGCAACACCUCCCUGGUGAGCGACCCCACCUUCUCGGCCAGCGGGCCGGAGGCGCAGCGCUGGCUGCUGGCGUUGUGCCGCGGGGCGCGCAACCAGAGCUUUUUCGGGGCCCAGCCGGAAGGUGGGCCCACGCUCUGCCUAGUGGAGGCGCUGCAGCGCUGGAUGCACAGCCCCAGCUGUGCACGCCUGGGGCCUGGCAUCUGCUGUGGCCAUCCGGACUUCCCCUGGGCUCCCCAGCUCUUCCUGCACUGCCUGAAAAUGAUGGCUCUGGAGCAGGGCCCCCGCGGUACUCGGGACUUGGGGGCCCGCUUCAGUCCCCAGGGUGAACUGGCCGCCCUGGUGCUGCAGUUCCAGACCAGCUUCCUGUACAGUGCCGACUACAACCAGGCGCACCGCUUCCACUCGGAGCUCAGCGGCUGGCUGGUAGGUGAGUUGGGCCGGGCGCCGCCAGGCCUGCGCAGGGGCUGGCUCACCAGCGAGCUGGGGCUGUACAGCCUGCAGCACAGCCUGAGCACUGAGCCCGCCGUGGUGCUGGGCCUGGCGCUAGCCCUGGCCUUCACCACCCUGCUGCUAGGCACCUGGAACGUCCCUCUCAGCCUAUUCUCCGUGGCUGCUGUGGCCGGCACAGUGCUGCUGACUGUGGGCCUCCUGGUUCUGCUGGAGUGGCAGCUCAACACUGCCGAGGUCCUCUUCCUCUCUGCCUCCGUGGGGCUCUCCGUGGAUUUCACUGUCAACUACUGCAUCUCCUACCACCUGUGCCCACACCCCGACCGCCUGAGCCGCGUGGCCUUCUCACUGCGCCAGACCAGCUGUGCCACGGCGGUGGGGGCAGCCACACUGUUCGCAGCGGGGGUGCUCAUGCUUCCCGCCACUGUGCUCCUCUACCGCAAGCUGGGCAUAGUCCUCAUGAUGGUCAAGUGCGUCAGUUGCGGCUUUGCCAGCUUCUUCUUUCAGUCGCUCUGCUGCUUCUUUGGGCCUGAGAAGAACUGUGGGCAGAUCCUCUGGCCCUGCGCACACCUGCCCUGGGACACUGGGGACCCAGGUGCGGAGAAGGCAGGUCGUGGAGCAGGGCCGGCUGGAGAGCCUCCCAGGGCCUGCUCAGAGCAGUAUGAGCUCCAGCCUCUGGCCCGGCGCCGGAGCCCCAGCUUCGACAACAGUACGGCUACCAGCAAGUUGUCCCACCGCCCCUCCGUGCUCUCCGAGGACCUGCAGCUGCAGGACGGCCCUUGCUGCAACCGGCCCCCUGUAGCCCCCGUCUCACCUCGGGAGCUGUUCCUGCACCACCAGGCUGUCUUCAGUCAAUGCCCAGCUCUGCAGACAUCAUCCCCCUACAAGCAGGCUGGCCUCCAGCCCCAGGCCAAGCAGCAACCCCAAGGGCAGAGGGCUGAGCCUGGGCAUGUCUCUCCAGAAGCCCAGGUCCCUUCACCCAAGCCCAGGGCUGCAGAGCCCCCAGAUUGCCUCAGCUCCUCAGCCAGCACCCUGGAGGGCCUCAGUGUCUCUGACGAGACCUGCCUGAGCACCUCAGAACCCAGUGCCCGAGUGGCCGACUCCAUAGGUGCCUCCCCAGAGGAUCUGGAUGAAACCGAGCGUCCAGUGCCUAAGCGUGGCCAGCUGAAUGCCAAGCGGGACACCCUGUGGCUGGCCCUGAAGGAGCCAGCCUAUGACCCAAUAUUACCUGCCUCCCACCAGAGCAGCUUGUCCUGGAAGGGUCAUGAGGGACCUGGGGAUGGCAGCCCUGUGGUGCUGCCCAACAGCCAGCCUGGCCUGCCUGAUGUGUGGGUGCGCAGGCCUAGCACCCACACAUCAGGCUACAGCAGCUGAAGGCAGUGUGGAAGCCUGCCAGGAAUGACAGCACUGGGCUGACAGCUACCAGCUGCCUGCCAACUGUUCCAGACAGUGGGGAGGGUCUUUGGAGGGAAAUGCCCAGCUGUCCUUGAGAUCAUAUGAGGGCAGUGCCCACCAGAACACACCCUCUGGAAAGGGUAGGGUGGAUGUGCUGCUUCAGAUAUCAGGGAGACUGGUCCUUGUUCCAAGUGACCAGGAAUUCAGUGGGACUAAGGAACCUGGUCUUUGGGGCCCCAACAAUGUUUGGGAACUCCAGAUGUCUCCCAGACUUCACACCUUUAUUAGGUUUUUUAUCAGGACAAUUCUUUGUCUUGGGGAGAGUUUUCUGGACCAAAUCUGGGUUCCCUGGCCACACACACACACACACAGUCUCCCAGAUUGACCAGGGACUCAAGGCCAUGCUGGGAGUGAACCUGAAGGAGGAUGAUCAGCCUCAGGGUGCUGCCCCCUGGUGACAAACAGCAAGAAACUUCCCAGGGCAUGGCAAGCACGGGUCUCCUUGCUUCUUACCACCUUACUAUGGGGUCACCUGCACUUUGUGGGUUCUUUUGGCCCCAGUUUACAAGAAGUUGAGACUAGGAGCUAUAGUAUACCAGAAUUGUAUAUGAGAGGCUCAGGGGUCCCCGGUUCAAUCCCUGGCACCAACAUAUGCCAGAACUAAAUGGUACCUUGGUGUCUCUCUUUAUCUCUCUCCCUCAUAAAAAUUAAUACUCUUUUAAAGGAUUUACUUGUUUAUUAGUGAGGGAGGAGAGAGAACCAGAACAUCACUGGCACAUGCAAUGCCAGGGUUCCAACUGAGGACCUCCCACUAGAGAGUCCAACCCUUUAUCUACUGUGUCUCCUCCCAGGCUACCAAAAAAAAUUAAUAAACUUUAAAAAAUGA